ACUCCGUAACACUAGCCAAUACUCUGAUUAUUUGAAUUAAAUAAGAUUAUCGCGUUCCCUCUGCGACCUUAAGGACACAUAACUAUAGCCACAAUGAAUUCUUUUCUGUUUAGAAUGGCGUUCUGUUGAGAAAGAAGUGGCAUAAACAGCGGCCAUAUUUGUUUUUACGGAGUCAAUUAGAACAGACCGUAUCAAGAUGGCUGCGAUCAUCUUGGCGGUAGUGUUGUGUGUACUGUCGGUGCCCGGGGGGCUGGGCCAGACGUUUCCCACGGGUUGUGCGUACGAUUCCACCGAUGCCUCAGUGGGUGUGUACAACUGUGACUUUACCGCCAUCACCCCACCUCUUGCCUACAGUGCCUUCUCUAGCCCGUACCCACAACGUCUCCGGAUAUACAAAGUAUCCGGAACCAUCACUUCCGGUGGACUGUUUUCUGGAUUUUCGAGCUUCUCGACCGCAGACUUCGACUCGAACUAUGUGGCAAGCCUGGAGAUUGAGUGUGUCUCCAACACGGAUACCACAUUUGAAGCCGGGGCCUUCACGGACAUGGGCUACUUGCAGGGUGUCACCAUCAAGAACUGUAAAAUACCCACCAUUGCGGCCAAUGCGUUUUCAGAGUUAAAUGUCCUCAACUACUUCCGGAUCGAGGGCGGAAGUAUAGCCGCGCUUGAUAGUGCGUCCUUCGCCGGCCUCAACAUUUCCAAACUGUCCGUCCCCGACCCGUCCGGAGAUUUCACCAUCAAGAACUGUGCCACCCCAGGAACAUUCCCGGCGAACAUGCUGGAUCAUCUCACGGUAACCAAGAAGUUCGACUUCAACAACAUAGGUCUGACGGAAGUGACGACAUCCACGUUCUCCCUCAACAAGGCAGUGACGUCAAUAGCCCUCUCCAACAACGCCAUCACCGCUCUCGCCGACAACGUGUUUUCUGGUUUGGACGGUCUCUCCACGGUUGACAUGACGGGGCUCCAGUGGGCCUGUACCUGUGAAGCGUUAUGGUUCCUGGAGACGUUCACCACAGCGGGAAUAGACAUCGUGGGGGGUCCUGUCUGCAGCACGCCGACAGAUUACACAGACAAACGGUCUACUGCGUACUACAGCGCCCUGUGUUCGACAAGUGAUGUCUGUAGCGGUACCCCAGGUAUUGCGGUCGGCUCCUCCUGUAUGACGAUAUACCAGCUUGUUAGCUACAGUGUCCUGUUAAUCACGCUUGUGCUUUCCUGUGUGGCUCUGGGGCUGGUCUGCAAUACCCGCAAACAGCUUAGCAGCAACAAGAACAAACUCAAGAACAAGAAGAAUACCUCGUGGAACAAAGUCCAGGACGCCCUUAAACGCGGCGGCAACACUGGGCAGAAACCCCCUGGCAAAACCACCGCGCCAAAAGGCAAGGGAUGGGUGUAACCAAAACGAGGCCCGUGACGUCAUGCAUUCGAACAUCUUUAUUGAGUUUUAGAAGUGAUUUGUUAUCAAGUCUUGUGUAAGAUACUAAUUUAUACGCCACUUCCGGCUCCUGUUUUUCUUGUAAGGAACUGUCAGUUAAUACCAAGGAUCAUCAAAUUUAUUUUUGUUGACGUUCCUGACCUUGUUUUUGAGAAACCUAAUAUUAUUUUGUAAGCUGUAUUUUAUUAUUGUUUUAAGAUUCUGAAUCGUUUUUCUGAGAUCAGAAUUCACCUGGCAAAGCGGUGCGCCAUGUAAAUAUUUCCUAUUCUAUAAGAAAAGAUUAACACAUAAUUCUCCAUUCAUUGAAAUCACCAUCACAACUGUAUAUUGAUAUAUAACCUAAUGUCUUGUGCAGUCCCCGUAUCGAUGAAUUCGUGAACUGUUUCGUUUGUUUGCUAAUAAAUUAGUAAAAA